UGUGGCUGGGUGGGUGCCCCCUCCCCCCGCCCCCGGCCGGCCGGGGGUUGGUAGAGCGAUUCCAGAAAAGGUUUGCCGGGCAGGUCUAGGAGAACAAAGGGCGGGGGGAGGACCCGGCAUGUUUGUGGACUUGUUUGUGACUCAGUCCCUUUUACACGGCGUUUCAAAGGCAGAACUGCAAGCCUUGCCAGGAAGAGAAAGAACUUGGGGGCGGGGAGGCUCGGGCGCAUUUCGGUCCAGCCCUUUCGCUCGGCGCUGCCCCUCCGCGCCAGGCUCGCGCAGUGGCGUUUCUCUGGGGCCCGGGCCGCGGGCCGCUCUCCAGUAACUUCGCCGCAAGGGGCGAGAUUUACGACCCCCGCCCCCCGGCGCUCGCCUCGCGCUGUCAGGCGGGCGCGCCGCAACAUAAAAUGGAUCCCGGCCGGCGCGGCGGCGGCAGCCAGGCGGCGGGCUCCCGGGCGGCGGGGCGGCUGUUCCCGAGGCUCCGCGCUGAGCCGGGGCGCACACGCGCGCGCUGACCGCCGCGGCACCUGGGCCACGCCGAGCCGCCUCUCCCUGCGCUCGCGCAACUGUCAGGCCGAGCGGGCUGGCGGAUAUUGGCUCCGCGACACGCCGAGGCUCCUCCCCGAGUCUGGAUCUUUAUAUUUUGGGAGAAUUUCUUUGAACUCAGUUACCGAGCUCCGUGAAGGAGGCAAGUUCCCAGCGCCGGCUCGCCGGCGGGAGGCGAGGCGCGGCGAGGGCUCGCCCACCUUCUCCGCAGCAGCGUGUGCCUGGCUGCCCUCCUCGCUCCCCUCGUGGAGGAAAACGGACCCACUUGGCUGAGGAAAAUGCCAAUUACCUGGUUGUGACCGUGAAAAGAGAGCGUGUGACUGGAGGAGGCAGAAGAGGAUGAGGAAAAGCAUUAUUUGAAGAGAAGAAUAAACCAGCCACUCCAACCCGUUCUGCAAAUUAGUGCUAUUACUUCUGGGCUGCAUUUGCUCUGAUUCUCCCCACCCCCAAUUAAGAAACCUUGACUUGAGGUCCAAGAGGCAGCCUCCGACAACGGGGGGGACCCUUCUGGGUUGGAAGACCUUUUGCAUGUAGCGUUGGUGGAACAUUGAGACACUCUCCUCUGGAAAAGCCACCAUGAAUUCGGUAGCUGGGAAUAAAGAGAGGCUGGCGGUCUCCAGCAGGGGCAAGAAAUACGGGGUGAAUGAAGUCUGCUCGCCUACCAAGCCCGCGGCGCCCUUUUCCCCGGAGAGCUGGUACCGGAAAGCAUACGAGGAGUCGCGCACCGGCAGCAGGCCCACCCCCGAGGGCGCGGGUUCGGCGCUCGGCUCGUCGGGGACCCCGUCCCCCGGCUCGGGCACCUCGUCCCCGAGCUCCUUCACGGGCUCCCCGGGCCCCGCUUCCCCAGGCAUCGGCACCAGCUCGCCGGGCUCCCUGGGCGGCUCGCCGGGCUUCGGCACCGGCUCCCCGGGCUCGGGCAGCGGCGGCGGCUCCUCCCCCGGCUCGGACCGCGGCGUCUGGUGCGAGAACUGCAACGCCCGCCUGGUGGAGCUGAAGAGGCAGGCGCUGAAGCUGCUCCUCCCGGGGCCCUUCCCCGGCAAGGAUCCUGCUUUCUCGGCUGUGAUUCACGACAAGCUCCAGGUCCCCAACACCAUCCGGAAAGCCUGGAAUGACAAGGACAACCGCUGUGACGUUUGUGCCACACACCUGAACCAGCUGAAGCAGGAGGCCAUCCAGAUGGUGCUGACCUUGGAACAGGCAGCUGGCAGCGAGCAUUACGAUGGCUCCCCUGGCUCGCCCCCACCGCUCUCCAACAUGCCCACCCUGGUGGGGUCCCGGCACGUGGGUGGGCCCCAGCAGCCCAGAGAGUGGGCCUUUGUGCCUGCCCCCUAUGCCUCCUCCAACUACACAGCUUUCGUGAACAACAAGCACAGCAGCAAACCCAACAGCCUCGGGGUCAGCACUGGGGCUGAGAAGAAGAGUGGGUCCCCAACCCACCAGGCCAAGGUUAGUCUUCAGAUGGCCACCAGUCCCAGCAAUGGGAACAUCCUCAACUCAGUGGCCAUCCAAGCUCACCAGUACCUGGAUGGCACCUGGUCCCUGUCGAGAACCAACGGGGUCACCCUGUACCCAUACCAGAUCUCCCAGCUGAUGACAGAGCCGGGCCGGGAGGGGCUGACCGAGGCGGCGCUGAAUCGCUACAACGCGGACAAGCCUUCAGCCUGCGGCGUCCCGGCCUCCCAGGGCUCCUGCGUGGCCAGUGACACUUCCACGGGCACCUCGGUGGCUGCUUCCUUCUUCGCCAGAGCUGCCCAGAAGUUAAAUCUGUCUUCUAAAAAGAAGAAACAUCGACCUUCCACCUCUUCUGUGGCCGAGCCCCCUCUCUUUGCCACCAGCUUCAGCGGCAUUCUGCAGACCUGCCCUCCCCCGGCGCCCCCGUGUCUGCUGCGGGCCGUCAGCAAGGUGAAGGACACGCCAGGCCUGGGCAAGGUGAAAGUCAUGCUGCGCAUUUGCUCCACACCGGCUCGCGACACCUCCGAAUCCAGCUCCUUCCUAAAGGCAGACCCACGGAAGAAGCAGGUCACCCUGUAUGACCCCCUGACAUGUGGAGGUCAGAACGUCUUCCAAAGGAGAAGCAGCCAAGUUCCUCCUAAGAUGUUCGCCUUUGAUGCUGUUUUUCCGCAAGAUGCAUCUCAGGCUGAAGUGUGUGCUGGAACCGUGGCAGAGGUGAUCCAGUCUGUGGUCAAUGGCGCGGACGGCUGCGUGUUCUGUUUCGGCCACGCCAAGCUGGGGAAAUCCUACACCAUGAUCGGAAAGGACGAUUCCAUGCAGAACCUUGGCAUCAUUCCCUGUGCUAUCUCCUGGCUCUUCAAGCUUAUCAACGAACGCAAGGAGAAGACGGGAGCCCGGUUCUCCGUGCGCAUCUCAGCCGUGGAGGUGUGGGGCAAGGAAGAGAACCUGCGGGACCUGCUGGCCGAGGUGGCCACGGGCAGCCUGCAGGAUGGCCAGUCCCCGGGCGUGUACCUGUGCGAGGACCCCAUCUGUGGCACGCAGCUGCAGAACCAGAGCGAGCUGCGGGCGCCCACGGCCGAGAAAGCCGCCUUCUUCCUGGACGCCGCGAUCGCCUCGCGCCGGGGCAGCCAGCAGGACUGUGACGAGGACGACCACCGCAACUCGCACAUGCUUUUCACCCUGCACAUCUACCAGUACCGCAUGGAGAAGAGCGGGAAAGGGGGAAUGUCUGGAGGCCGCAGUCGUCUGCACCUCAUUGACCUCGGCAGCUGUGUGAAAGCUCUUAGCAAAAAUCGGGAAGGAGGCUCAGGGCUGUGCCUCUCACUGUCCGCUCUGGGCAAUGUCAUCCUGGCUCUUGUCAACGGCAGCAAACACAUCCCCUACAAAGACAGCAAGCUCACCAUGCUGCUGCGGGAGUCCCUGGGGAACGUGAACUGUCGCACCACCAUGAUCGCGCACAUCUCGGCCGCCGCCGGCAGCUACGCCGAAACCCUGUCCACCAUCCAGAUCGCCUCGAGGGUGUUGAGGAUGAAGAAAAAGAAAACGAAGUACACAUCAAGCUCCUCUGGCGGGGAGAGCUCCUGUGAGGAAGGCCGGAUGCGCAGGCCCACCCAGCUGCGGCCUUUCCAGGCGAGGGCCGCGGUGGACCCCGACUUCCCCAUCGCUCAGCUGUCCAGUGAGCCGGACUACUCCUCCAGCAGCGAGCAGUCCUGCGACACUGUCAUCUACAUCGGGCCCAACGGCACGGCCCUCUCGGACAAGGAGCUCACAGACAAUGAGGGCCCCCCUGACUUCGUCCCCAUCGUGCCGGCCCUGCAGAAGGCCCACGGCGACAGCCGGCCUGCAGAGGCCGGUGGGGCUGCGGCCAGCAAAUCAGAAAGGGACUGUUUGAAGUGCAACACGUUUGCCGAGCUGCAGGAGAGGCUGGGCUGCAUCGACGGCAGCGAAGAGCCCAGUCAGUUUCCUUUCGAAGAACUGCCUGCCCAGUUUGGGACAGAGCAGGCCAGCAAGUGUCCCCCGUUAAGCCAGGUGGCUGGGGCAAACCCACUAUGUGAGUCCAAUAAGGAAGAGCUUCACAUUGAGGACAGAGUGGACAGGAAGAGGAGGACGACAGACCCCCUGGCCUUUAAGGACGCUGACCAGCAGCCGCCCGCAGCACUUCGGCUGAUGGCCCAUCGUUUGGACAACAUUCCCUCCUUAGGUUCUCAGAGACGGAGGCUCAUCCCAGCACUGUCCCUUGAUACCCCCUCCUCUGUGAGAAAACCCGCCAGCAGCACCGGGGUCCGCUGGGUGGAUGGCCCCUUGCGUAGCACCCAGAGGGGCCUCGGGGAACCUUUCGAGAUCAAAGUCUAUGAGAUCGAUGACGUGGAGCGGCUACAGCGGCGACGAGGGGGCAGCAACAAGGAGGUCACAAGCUUCAACGCGAGACUGAAAAUUCUGGAGCAUCGCCAGCAGAGAAUCGCCGAGGUGCGGGCCAAGUACGAGUGGCUGAUGAAGGAGCUGGAGGUCACCAAGCAGUUCCUGAUGCUGGAUCCCAGCAAGUGGCUCAGCGAGUUUGACUUGGAGCAGGCCUUGGAGCUGGAUUCUCUGGAGUACCUGGAGGCGCUGGAGUGCGUGACGGAGCGCCUGGAGAGCCGCGUCAACUUCUGCAAGGCCCACCUCAUGAUGAUCACCUGCUUUGACGUCACCUCCCAGCGCCGAUAAAGAGCCGGCCCGGCCUGCCAGCCCCUCCCUGCCCAGGACCCCCCCCAACCCAACCCCAGCCA